AUGCAUCCUGCCAUCUUACGCCUCAUUGUGUUAGCCGUCAAUGUGAUGUUCGCUGCGGGAGUAAUAGCCGCAAGUGUCCCGACUUGUAAUGCAAAGGGCAACUACGACAGCAGAUUUGUUUGCAAUCAUCCGCAGGCCGAAAUUUUCCAGGAAGCAGCGGUCACAUCGUCUAACGGUAUCUGUUCUGACAUUGGAAGAGACCUACUGAAACUUGGAGGCAAUGCAGUGGAUGCCGCCAUCGGAGUGGCGAUUUGUUUAGGUGCCGCAAGUCCUGAGCUAAGUGGUCUUGGAGGCGGUCAUUUUACGACUAUCUACAUGAGGUUACAAGAUAUUCUGAUUAUCACUGUGAUACGUCGAGGUAAUUUUAGGAAGCAAAACAGAUGUUCGAUUAUCAACGCGCGUGAGAUGGCUCCUCUCGGGAGCACCGAAAACAUGUUCUAUGAAGAUCCAGAAGCUUCUCAAUACGGUAAUUGCGCAAAGUCUAUAGCCGUGCCUGGAGAGCUCCACGGAUUGUGGGUAGCGUUUACCAGGUUUCGCAGCGGGAAACUUGCCUGGAACCAGCUGCUGGAGCCCACCAUCAAGCUGUGCUUCGAAGGAUUUCCCAAAGCUCAAGGUCUGCCGGACUCAAUGCAUAUGUUUUACAACGUUGCCAAACAGAGACCUUACAACGCUGGAGAAAUUGUCAAGUGCCCUCAGCUUGGAAAGGCUCUCAAGGCAUUGGCAAAUGCUAAAAAUCCGGUUUCACUGUUUUACAACAGUGCCCUUACCAGCAGUAUGGUAAGCGAAAUAAAACGAGAAGGAGGAAUCUUGUCAGUGCAAGACUUUAGACAAUAUGCCGCUAAACUUGAACCAGCGCUUGACAUGCAACUUGACAACGGAUUGAGAGCGUGUGCCCCAUAUCCUCCAGCGUCAGGUGCAUUGGUUUUGGGAAGCUUGAAUAUUUUACAAGGGCUAUCAGAUGGUAAAGCUGAAAAACUGGUAGAUUUAUAUCACCGCUUUGUCGAGGCAACGAAAUUUGCUUUCGGUGAACGCUCUUCUUUCGCUGACCCAUGCUAUGAACCGUCAGCCAAAGUGGCAGCAGAACGGAUGAUCCAGCCGAUCUAUGGAGAAGCCACGAGGAAAUUAAUCACGAGUGGAACUCAUCCAGCUGAAUACUAUGGAAAUGCAAAUGUUUCCAGCAAAGUCGGAGGAACGGCACAUAUUUCUGUGGUGGACGCUGAAGGAAACGCAGUCUCACUGACUCCAACCAUUAACACAUAUUACGGUUCAAAACUAGCCUCACAGGAAACGGGGAUCGUGUGGAACAGUCAUAUGGAUGAUUUUUCGACGUCUGAUAAGCCAAACGCAUAUGGUUUCGUUUCGACAAAAAUAAACGCAAUCCAACGCUGCAAAAGACCCCUGUCGUCAUGCGCUCCAACAAUCGUGUACGAUCAAGAGCACGGACAUGUGGAACUGGCAACCGGAGCCGCAGGUGGAUCGAGAAUAAUAUCAACGCUGGUCCUGAUGAUCCAGCGUGUGCUGCAGUUGAAUGAAACGUUGCAGGACGUUGGCGAUUCUGCUCGACUUCAUACCCAGCUGCACCCGAAUGAAAUUGUAUUCGAGGAGGGUUUAGAAGCGGUAAAUCAUCAAUUUCAUUUAUUUAUUAUUUAAUU